CCUGCAGUUACUUUUUCAAGUUUAUUUUUUCCGUCUGUCGUACCCCCCCUGAAAAACUCUGAAGGUCCACACUUUGAAAUGUCCUGGUCUAGCUGGAUGUCCUUAUUAAAGGAUUAAUAAGAUAAACAAACACAAGGACGCUGUCAGAUAGAAGGGGAGGUUGUUCUUCUCCUGGCACCUCAGGUGAAACACAAAGAUCCAUUAGGCCCAGUUUGCAAAAGAUUUUGGGAAAAAGAAAGCUUUUGAGUUCUUAGGUGUCUAAGAUUAAGUGGGAGAGCCCUGUCAGUAUCUAGAAGCAAAUUUUCUCUUUAUUUUACAAAUGACUGCUUAUCAGCUUUCUUAUCUGAAAGUUGUUUCCUUAAACUUAUUUUAACCACUUCCUUUUCUUAGCACUUCCUCUUCAUCUACAUUUAUAACAGACAAUAAGGUUUCUCUCUGUCUGAUAGCCACCAUGUUCAGCCUAAAGCAAGCAGCUCUGCUCGUCAUUCAUCUGUUAAAAAUCCAGAAUGUCUUUCAAGUAUCAGCGACUGAAAUACAUCGGAAUAUGUUGGUGUCCAGCGGUGACCCGGUCACGUUCACUUGCAACAUAUCUGAGAAUGCCACAGUGCUAAUCCAUUGGACCAGCGGCAGAUAUUAUUUUACAUAUUCCUGCUCGCUAAAUCAGACAAAAUCAAAUUUCUCUUCUGAAAGAGUGAAAAUAGACUCCAACAUACCUUCCAAGCUCUGCAUCUUUAGAGCUCAACGUGAUGAUGCAGGACUUUAUACAUGUACUAUAACUGAUGGAGGAGGAUAUCACAAAAUCACAUGGGAUUUAACUGUAUCUAAGCAAGAAGGUACUCGUUUCUUAAAGUAUGCUUUUUUCAUUCUAUCACCUGCCAUUGGAUUGCUUUUAUGUUGCAUCACAUCGGCUUUCUGCCUCUGCAGAAGUUGUGGAAGAAGAAGCGAAUGCCAAGGUCCAGUCCAGUACCCCCGGUCUCAAUCAGAACGACAGGACUGUGACUCUGUCUUUACGCCGCAGAUUGUCCCUACAAAUCUACCAGAUAGUCCAAAUUGCUGGAGGAGCAAACAGCAGAGGAACGACUACACAGAGAGACGGAAUUCAAUUUAUCAGACAUAUCAAGAAAGAGAUACGUGUUUGAUGGACAUUACAUAAUGCGUUUCAAAUAAGUAAAAAGACAGGAGGACAGAUAUGAAGAAGACCCAUCCCAACAACAUGAUCGUCUUCAUGUUAAACAGUUCUAUUUCUAUUAUCUCUGUCAUACUGAAGCUUUCAAACCUUAGGCCAUUGCACCAACUGUCAAGCAUAGUACUGGUAGCAUCAUGCUGAGGACCUGUAUCAGUACCAGUGGUACUGGUUUAUCAUGGAAAGAGGACAUAAUAAUGAAGGAGGAUAUAAAUUCUUCUGUUUCUUCACAUCUUAGCAACUAAUUGCUGAAACUUGGACUCGACUGGGUGAUCACCGAGAGCACCCAGUUCUGUAUGUAAUGUUUUUAAUGCCCAUUUUAAUAAUUUAGUGUCAACACCCCAUUCCAACAGAUAAUCCCAUUGAUUGCUUAUUGAUCUGAGGUUCUGAUUGAAAUUCCACCAUCACAUGUUCAAAAAGUAGGUCAAACCAACCAAAUAUAACGGACACAUGGUAGAAACUUUGCUGAAAACAGAUUUAGCGAUUUACAUUCAACAUCAGGUUAAACUUUAAAGGAUGCAGCCCCUGAAUUUGGACACAGCAAUAGUGAAUGACAUCCGUCAUUCACUAUUUGACAUCCAGGCUGAGCAAUUCAAAUUCAGUUUCUGAUGGCACAAGUUUCUUCCCAUAAGGUCCAAUCACAGGGCAGAGGACAACCUCACAUUUGAUGUCCUCAUCAGACAGCCAAUCCUCAAUGAGCAAAGAAGCAGCUUGGCAAGCCAUCCAGCAAUCUAGUGAUAGCACAGCCCUGCAACUGCAACUCUAAAAUAAAAACAUGUAGAAUGCAGAGCACAAAGGCCACAGAGCAUGACGUAGUUUAAAAAUUAUCUUUCCUGAAACGUGGCAACAUCAAACUUUUUAAUGCAUUACAAUUCAUUAAAUCAUUCAAUAAGUGUCAUCAUUACUUCCUAUUUUGCACAGUACAAUACAAUAAGUUUUUGUUUGUGACGCAUGUUUUUUUUUUUUACAAAUUUAAACUAAA